AUGUUUACAUUUAAGAAUGCAUUUCCUCACAACGGAAGAAGAAUUCACACCUUCUCUUUCAAGCUAUUCUUGUGUGGUCUCUUUGUGUUCAUUCUUCUUUGUUGCUUGUGGAAAGACUCUUCAUAUUCCACAACAACCAUAGUGGUGGAUGAUCAUAUUUUCUCAACUCAUAACAAUCAUCAAGUUGAAACGUUUUCAGUGGUCAAAGGUCAAUUACUUUUCCCUCCACAACAACCAUCGUUAACUCCUGAUCAAAUUGAACAAAUUACAAGACUCAUCGUCCAACUCAUUUCUGCUCAACAACGAACUUCUUCGUCAAAUAAGGAUGAAGCUGAUGAUGAUGAAGGUGGUAGUGGAGGAGGAGGAGGCAGUGACGAAGGAGGUGGAUCUUCAGGUGGAGGAGAUUCCUCAGAUGAUGAUGAUGGAGGUGGAGGAGGUUCUUCUGGUGGUGGAUCUUCUGGAGGUGGUAGGGGUGGUUCUGGUGGCAGAGGUGGCUCUUCAGGUGGAGGAGGAGGCAGUGACGAAGGAGGUGGAUCUUCAGGUGGAGGAGGUUCUUCUGGUGGUGGAUCUUCUGGAGGAGGAGGUGACGGAGGAGGUGGAUCUUCUGGAGGUGGAUCGACAAUAAUUAUUACGGGUGGUGGUCAAACACCUGGAGGUCAAGAGGGUGGACAAGCUCCAUCAGGUCCACCACCUGGAACUGGACAAACACCACCAGGAGGUGGACAAGCUCCAUCAGGUCAGACUGGAGGUGGUCAAACACCUACGACUGGUGAAGGACAACCAGGUCAAACACCACCUGGCACUGGAGGUGAAGAAGGUGGACAGCCAGGACAAACCCCUCCUGACACUGGCCAACCAGGUCAAACACCACCUGGAGCUGGACAAACACCACCACCAGGAGGAGCUCCACAAGGUGGUCAAGAAGGUGGUGGAACUGGACAAACACCACCUGGCGCUGGACAACCAGGUCAAACACCUACGACUGGUGGAGGACAACCAGGUCAAACACCAUCAGGAGGUCCUGAAGAAGGUGGACAAACACCCCAAGGUCAGGAACCCUCUCAAACACCAAAACCAGGUGAAACACAACCGGAUAGAGCAAGACUUCGAGAACUCGAAAGGAGAAAACGUUUAAGGGAUCUUGCAAGGAGAAGACGAUUAAGAGAACGUUUGAGGAGAAGACGUCUAAGAGAACGUUUAAGAAGACGAGAUCGAAGAGGAAGAAGAGGUGAACGUGGAAGACGUCGAAGAGAUCGAAGAAGAGAUCGUCGUAGAGGUCGUAGAAGAGGCCGAAGAAGAGAGCGAAGAAGAGGUCGUGGAAGAAGAACUAGACGUCGAAGAAGAUCCAGAAGAAGAGGACGUAGAUCUGGUGGUGGACCUUCUCGAAGAAGAUCCAGAAGAAGAACAAGGAGAGGACGUAGAGCAGGAAGAAGAAAUAGAAGAAGAGUAAAUAGAAGAUCCAAUAGGAGAAGAAGAAGAGCUGCUCCCAGAAGACGAAGACAAACUCGUCGAAGAAGAGGAAAUCUCAAAAGUAACCUAAUGCACAUACCUAUAAGACAUUAUUCUGAAAGCUAA